AUGAAACACAUUAUCAACCUGUAUGAAAGCAUCAACAGUACAGCAAGAAAUAAUUCAGACUGUCCUCCUGUGGUUUUGCCAGAAGAGAUAUUUUUCACAAUAUCCAUUGUUGGGGUUUUGGAGAAUCUGAUGGUCCUUCUGACUGUGAUCAAGAAUAAGAAUCUUCAGUCGCCCAUGUACUUUUUCAUCUGCAGCUUGGCUAUUUCCGAUAUGCUGGGCAGCCUGUACAAGAUCUUGGAAAACAUCCUGAUCAUGUUCAGAAACAUGGGUUACCUCGAGCCUCAAGGCAGUUUUGAAACCACAGCAGACGACGUGGUGGACUCCCUGUUCAUCCUCUCCCUCCUUGGCUCAAUUUGCAGCCUGUCUGUGAUCGCCGCUGACCGCUACAUCACAAUCUUCCACGCUCUGAGGUACCACCGCAUCGUGACCCCACGCCGUGCCCUUGUCGUCCUGAUGGUCAUCUGGACGUGCUGCAUGGGCAGCGGCAUCACCAUCGUGACCUUUUCCCAUCAUGUCCCCACGGUGAUCGCCUUCACAGCGUUGUUCCCGCUGAUGCUGGCCUUCAUCCUGUGCCUCUACCUGCACAUGUUCCUGCUGGCCCGCUCCCACGCCAGGAGGACCUCCACGCUUCCCAGAGCCAACAUGAGAGGGGCUGUCACACUGACUGUUCUGCUCGGGGUCUUCAUUUUCUGUUGGGCGCCCUUUGUCCUUCAUGUCCUCUUGAUGACAUUCUGCCCAGCUGACCCCUACUGUGCCUGCUACAUGUCCCUCUUCCAGGUGAACGGUGUGUUGAUCAUGUGUAACGCCGUCAUUGACCCCUUCAUAUAUGCUUUCCGGAGCCCAGAGCUCAGGGAGGCAUUCAAAAAGAUGACCUUCUGCAACAGGUACCAGUAG